GCCGAAUGCCGCAUACUUCGCUGGCUAAUGGCGUUAACGAAGGGGCAAGAUGAAGGGCCCUAGGGCUUAUGCAUAACUCAUGCCAAUGUGGACCAAAUAUGCAUGAUUGAUGAGGGGUUCAUAUUUAAUAGUUGCUGCCCGAGGAAUCGAUUUCGAAUCUGCAUUCUCUCUCUAUCGAGGGCAUCUGGCAUGUUGUUCUGUUACAAUCGGAACCAAUUUUACCUCAUUCGCACUCCAUGCCCGCUCGUCGUUUUGCUAGGAAAGUCUGGGAGAUUGGAUGGUAGGCAGUCAAUGGCGGGAUGGUUCAUACCACGUUUGCCGCGGAUGCUGCUGCUGCUGCUGCUGUUAAGUGUUUCGGUGUUGUCAGAUCGUAUGCAGCAGGAGCAAGAUCGGCAGCGCCCACGUUCCAUGACCGAGCAGAUCGAGCUGAUCCUUGCCAGUAUCGAUGCGAUCGACAUCGUCACACCCGGGGGUGACUAUGAUAGUGGUGUGCUUAGUGAAGAUCAGCGACACGAGGAGCGACUACUGCAGCAGCAGCAGAAGCGAACGGUGCGCCGUUACAGCUACGAGUCGCCGAUGGAGGAUGCCUGCACACCGGGGUUAAGCUGGCAGGGGGACCGAUUUCGAUCGCAAUGGAACGAGAAUGCGCGCACCGGUGCCGGGUAUGUGGUUUAUGGCAACCUGAGUGCCUUCUUGACCGCUGGCUAUGCGUGUCUGUUCGAUCCCCUCGGUACCUAUUUGCUGCUACUAGCCACUACUACUACUACUGCUACUACUACUGUAGCCAGAAACCAGUCGAUGCAGCAGGGCCAAAAGGUGAAGGGUGAAGAAGAACAGAAGGAAGAGAAGCUGGGGUGGCCCAAUGAAGGACAACUGGAGCGUGAGGAGCGGGAUCAGCUGGUGACAGUGCUGCGGCUGAUCUGGUCGCGCCAGGGUGCGUUCCGAGUAUUUGUCCAGCUGCACAGCACCAUCGUUACUUACGACCCGUUCGCACCGAAGGAGGAAAUUGAACCCGACACCACCAAGUGCCCCGGUGCUCGUCAGAAUCCUGCACACGGUGCACUGAUCGAUCUGGCCAUCGGUAACGGUUUGCCGGACGUUCCAUGCCAUAAUUUCCAUGGAUUUUCGGUGCGCGUGGAAGUAUUUCGAUCGGUCUACAGCAACCCGGUGAUGGGUGAAGGCGCGGCGACGGUUUACCGGGGAGCGGAUAUUACCGCACGCGACGUACUGCAACAGCAUCUCAACAUUACCGUAAUCCACGUGCCGGCCGAUGCCGAUCUGUUCGGUGAUCGGAUGCCUAAUGGUAGCUUCACGGGCGCCAUGGGCCGGCUGGUGCGGCGCGAGGUGGAUGUCGUGUUUACCGGUUUCUUCAUCAAGGACUACUUUACACGCGACCUCGAGUUCACUGCCAGCGUGUACUCGGACGCGGUAUGCUGUCUGGUGCGGAAAGCCCGCCGCAUACCGGAAUACCUGCGGCCGCUGUACAUCUUUCCCGCCGACAUCUGGGCCAUGCUGGUCGGUCUGGGUGCGCUCUGUUCAGUGUGCUGGGCGGUACUGCGUGCCUCCCUGAAAUGUGUGCGUACGCGUGCUGCAGAUCGUUUCACCGCGGCCACUACCAUCACCGGCGGGUGGUUAUCCCGCCGAUAUCGCUGGGCUGUGCUGUUUAACCAUUCGCGAGCGCUACGGCGUGCGUCCCGGGGUCGCCAAUGGUUGCAGAUAGUGAUCGACACGUACAUCCUGUUGCUGAGUGCACCCUACCAGCGGUUCACUCGUGCCGGUCCCGAGCGGCUCUUCCUCACCGGCCUCCUGCUCGUCAGCCUCAUCUUUGUCUCGCUCUACCAGUCCGGGCUGGCGGCCGUUUUCGUGAACCCGAUGUAUGGGCGCGACAUCAAUUCGUUGGCGCAGCUGGACGAAAGCGAAAUGGCCAUACCGGUGAAGUACCGGGGCUUCCUAGACGACGUGUUCGCCGUGAACUACAGCACGCUGAUGGAUUCGCUGCGGCGUCGCAUGGUGCACCUGCCAGUGCAGGAGUCGAUGCUGACGCGCGUCGCCCGGCUCGGCAAUAUAGCCACGGUUACGCGUAAAUCUUCGCUUGCCCUGGACAACGCGGUCUACAUGGCCACGCGCCAGCUGCACCUGAUACCGGAGUGCCCGCGCACCUACAACCUGGCCUACGUGUUGCAGCGCCGGUCCGUCUUUGGCGAGUGUUUCAACCGGGUACUUCUGCGCAUGGUUGGCGGUGGUUUGGUUCAGCAUUGGAUCGAUGGAAUGCGGUACGAGUGGACACUGCGCAACUGGCGCGUCGUCCAAAGUAUGAUGGAGUCCAACUUUAAGGUGCUCACCGUGCUGGACAUGCAAUUCGCCUUCUGCGUGCUUACGAUCGGUUUAUCACUUGCCCUCUUUGCUAUCGCCGGCGAGCUACGCAACCACCACCACCACAACUAGAGCUUCCUGUGCCACAGCACCCGAACAACGUAGGAGUCCAGAAGAACCCAAAAACCGUACCUGUGUGAAUACCUACACUCUCGUAAUGUAUGGUUCGCUCGGUUGUCUCUUAAGAACAGUCUCACCAGAACACGCAGCAGGCUCAAGCUCAACAAAAAAAAAAC